CAGCGGCGGGCGCGGGUGCCCGCGUGUGCGCCGGUGUGUGCGCCGGGCCGCCGGCUGUGCGGGAAGCCAGCGAGCGCGCCGCCGCGCGGGCCGCCGUGGCCGAGCCCAGGGUGCGCGGCGCCCCCGCCCGCACGCCCGGCCUGCCAUGGCCCCCGCCCGGGGCCGCCUGCCCCCCGCGCUCUGGGUCGUCACGGCCGCGGCGGCGGCGGCCACCUGCGUGUCCGCGGCGCGCGGCGAAGUGAAUUUGCUGGACACGUCGACCAUCCACGGGGACUGGGGCUGGCUCACAUACCCGGCUCAUGGGUGGGACUCCAUCAAUGAGGUAGACGAGUCCUUCCAGCCCAUCCACACGUACCAGGUGUGCAACGUCAUGAGCCCCAACCAAAACAACUGGCUACGCACAAGCUGGGUGCCCCGUGACGGUGCCCGGCGCGUCUACGCUGAGAUCAAGUUCACCCUACGCGACUGCAACAGCAUGCCUGGUGUGCUGGGCACCUGCAAGGAGACCUUUAACCUCUACUACCUGGAGUCAGACCGGGACCUGGGCUCCAGCACCCAGGAGAGCCAGUUCCUCAAAAUAGACACCAUUGCGGCCGACGAGAGCUUCACAGGUGCUGACCUGGGUGUGCGUCGGCUCAAGCUCAACACCGAGGUGCGUGGCGUGGGCCCCCUCAGCAAGCGCGGCUUCUACCUGGCGUUCCAGGACAUCGGCGCCUGCCUCGCCAUCCUGUCUCUCCGGAUCUACUACAAGAAGUGCCCUGCCAUGGUGCGCAACCUGGCUGCCUUCUCGGAGGCGGUGACCGGGGCCGACUCCUCCUCUCUGGUGGAGGUGCGAGGCCAGUGUGUGCGGCACUCGGAGGAGCGGGACACGCCCAAGAUGUACUGCAGUGCCGAGGGCGAGUGGCUGGUGCCCAUUGGCAAGUGCGUGUGCAGCGCCGGCUACGAGGAGCGGCGAGACGCCUGUGUGGCCUGUGAGCUGGGCUUCUACAAGUCAGCCCCAGGGGACCAGCUGUGUGCCAGGUGCCCCCCACACAGCCACUCUGCAGCCCCUGCUGCUCAGGCCUGCCGCUGUGACCUCAGCUACUACCGCGCAGCCCUGGACCCACCAUCUGCAGCUUGCACCAGGCCGCCCUCAGCACCCGUGAACCUGAUCUCCAGUGUGAACGGGACAUCCGUGACCCUAGAGUGGGCCCCUCCCUUGGACCCAGGCGGCCGCAGCGACAUCACCUACAACGCCGUGUGCCGCCGCUGCCCCUGGGCACUGAGCCACUGCGAGGCCUGCGGGAGCGGCCCCCGCUUCGUGCCCCAGCAGACCAGCCUGGUGCAAGCCAGCCUGCUGGUGGCCAACCUGCUGGCCCACAUGAACUACUCCUUUUGGAUCGAGGCUGUCAACGGCGUUUCCGACCUGAGCCCAGAGCCCCGCCGGGCCGCCGUGGUCAACAUCACCACGAACCAGGCAGCCCCAUCGCAGGUGGUGGUGAUCCGGCAGGAGCGGGCCGGGCAGACGAGCGUCUCGCUGCUGUGGCAGGAGCCGGAGCAGCCCAAUGGCAUCAUCCUGGAGUAUGAGAUCAAGUACUAUGAGAAGGACAAGGAGAUGCAGAGCUACUCCACGCUCAAGGCCGUCACCACCAGCGCCACCGUGUCGGGCCUCAAGCCCGGCACUCGCUACGUGUUCCAGGUCCGAGCUCGAACCUCGGCAGGCUGUGGCCGCUUCAGCCAGGCCAUGGAGGUGGAGACUGGGAAACCCCGGCCCCGCUACGACACCCGGACCAUCGUCUGGAUCUGCCUGACACUCAUCACGGGUCUGGUCGUGCUCCUGGUCCUGCUCAUCUGCAAGAAGAGGCACUGUGGCUAUAGCAAGGCCUUCCAGGACUCGGAUGAGGAGAAGAUGCACUACCAGAGCGGGCAGGCGCCCCCACCCGUCUUCCUGCCCCUGCAUCACCCCCCAGGGAAGCUGCCAGAGCCCCAGUUCUAUGCAGAGCCCCACAACUAUGAGGAGCCGGGCCGGGCAGGUCGUGGUUUCACCCGGGAGAUCGAGGCCUCCCGCAUCCACAUUGAGAAGAUCAUUGGCUCCGGUGAGUCCGGGGAAGUCUGCUACGGGUGGCUGCGGGUGCCAGGGCAGCGGGACGUGCCCGUGGCCAUCAAGGCCCUCAAAGCCGGCUACACAGAGAGGCAGCGGCGGGACUUCCUGAGCGAGGCCUCCAUCAUGGGCCAGUUCGACCACCCCAACAUUAUUCGCCUGGAAGGCGUAGUCACACGGGGCCGGCUGGCGAUGAUCGUGACCGAGUACAUGGAGAACGGAUCUCUGGACGCCUUCCUGAGGACCCAUGACGGGCAGUUCACCAUCAUGCAGCUGGUGGGCAUGCUGCGGGGCGUGGGUGCCGGCAUGCGCUACCUCUCAGACCUGGGCUACGUGCACCGUGACCUGGCCGCCCGCAACGUGCUGGUGGACGGCAACCUGGUGUGCAAGGUGUCAGACUUUGGACUCUCAAGGGUGCUGGAGGAUGAUGCAGAGGCCGCCUACACCACCACGGGAGGGAAGAUCCCCAUCCGUUGGACAGCUCCCGAAGCCAUUGCCUUCCGGACCUUCUCCUCGGCCAGUGAUGUGUGGAGCUUCGGAGUGGUCAUGUGGGAGGUGCUGGCCUAUGGGGAGAGGCCCUACUGGAACAUGACCAACCGGGAUGUCAUCAGCUCGGUGGAGGAGGGGUACCGGCUGCCAGCACCCAUGGGCUGCCCCCGUGCCCUGCAUCAGCUCAUGCUCGACUGCUGGCACAAGGAUCGUGCCCAGCGGCCCCGCUUCUCCCACAUCGUCAGCGUCCUUGACGCACUAAUCCGCAGCCCCGAGAGUCUCAGGGCCACGGCCACAACCAGCAGGUGCCCACCCCCUGCCUUCGCCCGCAGCUGUUUUGACCUCCGAGCAGGUGGGGGCGGGGGCCUCACGGUGGGGGACUGGCUGGACUCCAUCCGCAUGGGCCGCUACCGAGACCACUUCGCUGCUGGGGGCUACUCCUCCUUGGGCAUGGUGCUACGUAUGAACGCACAGGACGUGCGUGCCCUGGGCAUCACCCUCAUGGGCCACCAGAAGAAGAUCCUGGGCAGCAUCCAGACUAUGAGGGCCCAGUUGAGCAGCACCCAGGGGCCACGUCGGCACCUCUGACUUGCAGCGCAGCAGCCAUCCCUGGGUGUGCAGGGUCUGCAAGCGUUCUGCCUGGCCCUGGGUCUCUGUCCCGCCUCCUGCUGGCCACAGGCUCAGGAGCUGUGGCACUCAGACACGUGGGCAGGGCCCUGGGGCCUGGCUGACUGUGAAACCUGCUGCCGGCGCUGAGCCGUCUCUCUUCCUGGGCCUUAGAGGCUCACCUGCCCCGGUGUGCACAUGGGUGUGCACUCUGGGGGAGGAUUAUCGUGAGACCCUAGGGGCCCACAGGAUCCAUCCGUGACCAUGUGCACGUCUGCCCAGCACAGGUAUGCGUGCUGGCCCAUUAGGACUGGGAGAGUGCAGGCAUGACCACGGAUGAGGGUCGUGACAGGUAUUUGGGCAGAGUAGUUGGUGUGAUGCCAUGCAGGUCUCAGUGCCCCCAUGGGCCUGGGGCUGGGCUCCUGGCCACCUGCCAUGCAGGUGGGGGCUAGAGUCAGGGCCCCUCAUAAACCAUACCAGCACCAGGCCGGCCCUCAUCCCCAGCUGGGUGAGCCCACCCCCUGGCUGUUCCUCAGGUCGGGAACAGCCUCAGUUCCCGACCUCAGUUCCUCAGUUCCCUCCUACUGCUUUCACAGGAAAACAGGGUUCCUGGCCAGUUGCUCUGGUCAGCCUUCAUGCCGGCAUGUGGCAGAGCCUAUGAGCCGCCCUCAGCUGGACCUGGCCUCCUGGUGAGGGGCCAGGGGCCCAGCACUGGCCCCAGCCUCCGACGCCUCCUCCACGACCCAGGUCUCCUCACUCAGAAAGCCCUGGCCAACUUCUCACUGCCUGGCCCUGACCACACUUCCACGACAGUGGGAUCCACACUUUUCAGCCCCAUGGCUCCCUGGACCCGUGGGGACAGGGGUCCACCCAGUGGGUAUGUCUUGGCCAAGGCCACACAGCAACCAUGUUCCAGGGUUGAGGUCUCUUGCCUCACACCCACUCCAUCCCACAAGGACAGCUGGGGGUGGAGGGGUCCCAGGAAGCCCCUCCCCUCACAGACUGGCCCUUCCCCUUCCGGCCCACCAGGGUAUAUAAAUAAUCUGUUUUCUAUCAUGUCAGAAUAUUUUUUUUCCUCACUCUCGACAAUGCAAAAAUGGUCCUCAAAGCACAUACAAAGCACCCAGGAUGAGAAGGUCCCUCCCAGGAUAGUCUGGCAGGUAGGGCGCCCUGCGCAGGCUCCAGAGGGAGGCCCCAGCCCCUCCUUGGGACCCCAGCCCCUGCCCACCGCCAGCACAGCCCUCCCGUGGAGACACCAGCACUGAGCCUCCCCCCACUCACUCUCGCAAUAAUUCGGGGAGCUGCAGCCCGCCCUGCCCUCCUCGGUGUAUUACUGUACAGCCCAGUUGCUCAUCCUUCCUAUGGAAGUGGGAAACACGUCUCCCGCCUCACCUGCUUUCUGGGCUCUGGGGGACACAGUGGGCCUGGCACCUGCUGAAGUAUGACCCCCUGGCUCCCCAACCCAUGAGGGGGCCAGGGGUCCCUAUCCUGAGUCUGGAACUCUUUCCUUCAACAACAAUAAAUUCUGCCUCAGCUUUG